AUGCCAUCCAGAACGACAAAUACUGACCGUGGUUUGGCAAAUGUCCAUGCCGACUUCCUCAGUCAUGUAGCCGCGCUCAAGCAAGUAACCAACCGGCCGGCUCCGCUGUCGGUCGACCAACAUGCCGCGCAUCGGAAGAAGAUGGAGGAUGUCCGUUACAUCAAGCCGAAGUAUGCACUCGAAACGCAGAUCAACAUUAGUACCAUACAGAGGAAAUGGCAGAGGUAUUGCGAAGAGAUGAAUUUUGGAGACUGGAAAGAGAAGAUCAAGAGAAUACACCGGACCCUGAUGCAGGACUUCUUCCUCUGGCAGCUGUACACCAACGUCACCGGAAGCUUCGUCGAUCGAAAUGACAUGAAGGAAGUCUAUAAGUACCAUGCAAUCGUUCUGAUCCCUCGCUUUGGCCUGCGGGCACCCAACAUCGAUGGUAAACCGGUCCUGAACGUUGACUCGUUGCUGGCGAUCCUUACUUUCAAUAUUGCGUUUGACACCGGCACCUUUCCGCUCGAGCUACAGCGUGUGAAUUUGUCAGGCUGCUACAUGGUUUUAUGCUAUACUGGAGCGCGGCCUGCUGAGCUGGUGAACAAUGAGAAGAAGCGGCCCAAAGAUGGCUCGUUCGAGAAGCUUUUUGGUUCGAAGGUCAUCAUGUCCAACAAUGAAGACGGAGAGGCGACGGACGAAAGUUCAAGCAAGCUUGAUUCGCUUCUCUGCAAAGAGACCAUUGGACGAGACCGUCCGAAAGCCCUCUGUUACGAGGAUAUUCUCAUGAUGAUCGUCCGCGACCCCGUGACGGGGCGAUGUGUCCCGGCCAUGUCCAUCAAGUUUAUCCAUCACAAGGGAUGUGAUAACAAGCCAAAGCCGACUAUCUUCUUCUUCACCCUUGCUAGAAAGGUGAUCUUCUGUCCCAUCUUACUCUUCCUCUCUAUUGCGCUGUUUGAUCACGCAUUUGACGCGGAGUGCUUGGAGGAUGCAAAGUCUCUGCUUGGAACGGAAGUUCCAAAUGGUAGACAGUGCUUGCCGCUGCGAUGGAAGAAGUCCAAGCUGAAAACACCGUUCUUUCGCCGGGUCGUCCGUGAUGGCAUCUUGUCUGAAGAUGAGGCUAUGUUCUAUUCCACGCUUAAGGAUAAUAUGAGUCGGCAGAGCCUAGAAGCGGGAUUCGAGAAAGCUUGGACGCCUAGAUUUGGACGGCGAGGUGCUGCUAACGCUGCUAAUGGGAAUGCACCGGAUGCUGUUCGCGAUCAGAUGAUGAGGCACGAUCCUAAGUUCUACACGUUCCAAGACGCCUAUCUUAACCAGAUCGCCAACUUCGACCUUCAAAAUGCCUUCCUCGAGGAGGAGAUGGAAAACCAGCUGUUUCGAGUGUUCGCACACGUCGGCCUGACCCGGGAUCGUCGCGCCACCAGAGACAUGGUCCCCGCCGAGGUAUGGGCAAACUUGCCGCCAGACCCAGAGAUCACCGCUCCGGAAGAGCAGCGAGCGGAGCUCAAGCAGGGCCAGUAUCAAUUUCGAGGCCUGGAGAACGAGUCACAAAUUCGAAAACUCACGGACACGAUCAGAACCAAACGGGCGCAGCACGAGAAAAAGAUCGUGGAGGAGUAUCGGAGGUACUACUUCUAUCACAGUCCGACCUGGGAACUGGAGAGGCAAGCACGGGGGGAACAGACACAAGAAUAUGCAGAACCAGCUGUUGAUCUCCUCAUCCCCGAGCGUGCGAGGCUAGCCGAGCUUCUGUGUCACCAACCGAAGGACCUGACUAACGAGCAGCUGUUCCAGCGAAGAGUCGAGGUUUUGGACUUACAUGAAGCCGGACCUGAAGCCGGAUGCGAGCCCGCGCCUGACCCGUUUCCGCUCCUUAUGGAUACCAACCAGUGCCCCGAGUGUUUUGGAGAUGAGCGACUGACGCCAGGGCAGCGAAAGUUCCGGUACUGUCGACCAACAAAAAGAAAUGACCAUUUCGAUGACCAACACUUGCAGGGCAAGGAGCUUGCCGAACAGCUUCGUCAACGCAUCCUAUGUAAUUCCUGCAAAGUGAUGUUAGAGAGCGUGGAUCAUUUCAGGACCCAUGUGCAGUUGGUCCACGGAAUCAAGCUUCGGCCGUCCGAUGAAGCCCAGAAGCGGCGGGCUCGAAAGCACAAGCUCCGGCGGUCACGACCGAAGACAGCCUAA